ACCUGACCGCGUACCCGCGCGCCGCCCCGACACCGCCGCUGCGGGCAGGAUUCCAGCACGACGAUGCCGCUCCAUCUCCUGGGCAAGAAGUCAUGGAACGUCUACAACCCCGCCAACAUCGCCCGCGUCAAGGCCGAUGAGGACGCCGCCCAAGCCCGCGAGGCCGCCGCCGACCAGCGCACCCAGGAGCUCGACGCCGCCCGACGCGCUGCCCUCCUUCGCGGCCGCACGCCCCCGCCGCUGCCCGACGACGACGACGCCGACGACGGCAAGCGGAAGCGCGAGCGGGACCAUGGCCACGGCGGGAAGCGCCGCAAGCUGCGGGGCGAAGAUGACACGGACAUGGACAUCCGCCUGGCUGCGGCCCUGACGGCGCCCAGAGACGGCGACGCAGCCGACGCGAAGCUGCUGAAGCUGCGCCAGCCGGCCAGCGACGCGCCCCUGACCAACUACGCCGGCCACAUCGACCUGUUCCCCGUGGACAUGAAGGAGGCGCUCAAGCGCGAGAAGAACGCCGAGGCCGAGAAGGAGAAGCGCAAGAAGGAGCAGGCCUUUGAGGACCAGUACACGAUGCGCUUCGCCAACGCCGCCGGCAGAGACGGUCUCACCAAGCCGUGGUACGCUGCCCGGCACGACGCCAGCCUUGCUGUCGACAAGCGCACUCCCGCCCUCGACUAUCCAGGCCACGACGACAAGGACGUGUGGGGCAACGAGGACCCGCGGCGGAGAGAGCGGCAGCAGGCGCGCAUCUCCUCCAGCGACCCGUUCGCCUUCAUGCAGAAGGCCCAGACGCAGCUGAAGAAGUCCAAGGAGGACAAGAAGAAGUGGGCUCACGAACGCAAGCGGGAGCUGGAGGAGCUGCGUGAUGCACAAGAUUCGGAGAGAGACCGCGAGCGCAGUCGCAAACAUGCGCAUCGGAGACACCGCUCUCGAAGCCGGAGCCAAGAGCGGAAGCACAGCGGAACAGAUCGACUCUCCUCACAGCAUGACCGUCCAAGUCGGCCCUCCUCACGACACGACGGUCGCAGUCCCCGUCCACCACGGCGCCUCAGCCGCAGUCCCAGCUGCCGUAGGCGUGAGGCCUAAUACAAGACGAGCAUUGAGCUGCUAGGCUUGACACGCACUCAAUCAAUUAGGAACAGAAAAUAUCCACAUGACAUCAUGUCCGUCUUAACUCCGUUAUUCCGCCAGCAGCAUCGUCUGAAAGCCCCACCGUGGGGUACCG